AUGGCACAUGCAGCGCAAGUAGGUCUACAAGACGCUACUUCCCCUAUCAUAGAAGAGCUUAUCACCUUUCAUGAUCACGCCCUCAUAAUCAUUUUCCUUAUCUGCUUCCUAGUCCUACGCUCAGGAAAUAGAAACCGUCUGAACUAUCCUGCCCGCCAUCAUCCUAGUCCUCAUCGCCCUCCCAUCCCUACGCAUCCUUUACAUAACAGACGAGGUCAACGAUCCCUCCCUUACCAUCAAAUCAAUUGGCCACCAAUGGUACUGAACCUACGAGUACACCGACUACGGCGGACUAAUCUUCAACUCCUACAUACUUCCCCCAUUAUUCCUAGAACCAGGCGACCUGCGACUCCUUGA